AUGGUCAAGCUAGUCAAGUCAAUAAAAGCCCACCAGGACAAGGCAUGGAGCGUGAGUAGCCAUCCCACCCUUCCCCUUUUGGUGAGUGCAUCCACCGAUAAAACAUCCAAAAUCUACAAGCUCUCGUCGAAACAGAACUUUCCACUUUUGGCAGAUCUCGAAGACACCCACAAAAGGUCAAUCAGAUCGGUAGCAUUCAAGCCCCCAUUGGGCGGAGACGACGCUCCAGAUGGCUUCUUGGACUUACCUGCUUUGGCUGCCGGUUCGUUUGACUCCACGAUCUCCAUUUGGGGAAUCGACGAGCCCAGCAACGAGUACGAUGACGAAGAAUUGGUGGCAAACCAGCAAGAGAUAUUCACCAGUCCUUCCAACGAGUGGAACUUGAUGGCAAUAAUAGAAGGACACGAGAAUGAGAUCAAGUCGGUGGAGUGGAACCAUACUGGUAACUUAUUGGCAUCGUGCUCCAGAGACAAGACCGUGUGGAUCUGGGAGACCGACCCCGAGACCUUGGAGGAGUUUGAGUGUAUCUCGGUGUUGAACGACCACCAGCAUGAUAUCAAGAACGUCACCUGGCAUCCCAACCAGAAUUUGUUGGCCAGUUCGUCAUACGAUGAUACCAUCCGGUUGUAUAAGCAGGACCAGCAUGACGAUGACUGGACGUGUGUGGGCAUUUUGAACGGCCACGAGGGCAGUGUGUGGUGCUCCAAGUUCGAGGACUGGGCCAGUCCUUUGGCAGUCAAAAACAGAACCAGAUUGGUGUCUGCCAGUGACGAUUUGACGGUGAGAAUAUGGUCCUGUGUGGAGGGUGAACAAGACGAUGUGUCUAGCACUGCGCUUCCCACCUCGAUCAAACAUGACUCGGAGAUGGUCUGGGAACUCGAGACAAUUCUUCCCUCGGCUCACAAGUACCCAGUGUACUCUGUAAGCUGGUCCAAGAAGACAGGCAAAAUCGCCAGUGUUGGAUCCGACGGAAGACUCGUGGUCUACAAGGAGGAUGAAGGCAAGUGGAGCAUUGAGAGCGUAACCGAAUCCUCGCAUGGUGUGUUCGAGAUCAACUGUGUCAUCUGGGCGUCCUUGGAUGAUAAGACUGAGGUUUUGGUGACUGCUGGUGAUGAUGGGUACAUUAACGUAUGGGAGGUCUAG